AUGGACAUAGUGACAGUGGCUGCACCUGCUACCAGGGUCAGGCCUAAACUGUGGACAAGCAGGACACUGGAAUCUGGAGACUUGAUUGUCCCACUUUGCCCAGACAAAAGAACUCACACCGGAGAAAAACCAUAUGAGUGCGCCCAGUGUGGCAAAGCUCAUGGUCAUAAACACGCCCUCACUGACCAUCUAAGAAUUCAUACUGGAGAAAAGCCCUAUGAAUGUAAUGAGUGUGGGAAGACCUUUAGACACAGCUCAAACCUUAUGCAACAUGUAAGAUCUCACACAGGUGAGAAGCCUUAUGAGUGUAAGGAAUGUGGCAAAUCCUUUAGGUAUAAUUCAUCUCUUACUGAACAUCAAAAAGUCACACCUGGUUAUACAUCAAAGGAGAAACCUUAUAAAUGUGAUGAGUGUGGGAAAGCCUUUGGACACAGUUCAUCUCUCACUUACCAUAUGAGGACUCACACAGGCGACUGUCCCUUUGAAUGCAAUCAAUGUGGGAAAGCCUUCAAGCAAAUCGAAGGCCUGACCCAACACCAGAGAGUUCACACCGGGGAGAAACCCUAUGAAUGUGCUGAGUGUGGGAAAGCCUUUAGUCAAAAGUCACACCUCAUUGUCCAUCAGAGAACUCACACCGGGGAGAAACCCUUUGAAUGUUAUGAGUGCGGGAAAGCCUUCAGUGCAAAAUCACAACUUGUUAUACAUCAGAGAUCCCACACUGGAGAGAAACCCUAUGAGUGUAACGAAUGUGGCAAAGCCUUCAAGCAGAAUGCCUCUCUUACCAAACAUAUGAAAGUUCACUCCGAAGAGCAGUCUCAUGGGGAAAAUUAAUGUAGGAAAUCUCACAACCAACUGCUUUGGUCUUGUUUAACUUUAAAAGAUGUUCUCGACUUGAUGAAGUUAGAAAAUCUUUUUAGGAAACCAUUCCUUAUAUAUGAGAGAAUUUGAAUAUGGAUCUUU